AUGCUCUCCUCGUCGUCGAUCAUCUGGGCGCUGGUUCGUGUGCCCGCUGGCUGCCCUGAAAAGCCAUCUGGCCUUGUUCCCGGGCCGGCUCCCCGCGCGCGGCACUGCCGCGGACUCCGGCAGCUUUGUGGCCAGAGUGCUCGAGCUCUCGCUGCCUUUUCAGUGCGCUGCCUCGGAUCCCCGGCGUGCCCCAUCCGGUCAGACGCGGCCGCGGACACCAGCUCAGAGAUCACCACCAAGGAUUUCAAGGAGAAGAAGGAAGUUGUGGAGGAGGCGGAGAAUGGAAGAGACGCACCUGCUAAUGGGAACGCUAAUGAGGAAAAUGGGGAGCAGGAGGCUGACAACCAGGUAGAUGAAGAGGAGGAAGAAGGUGGGGGGGGGGGGGAGGAGGAGGAAGGCGGCGGUGAGGAAGAGGAUGGAGAUGAAGAUGAUGAGGAUGAUGAUGUUGACACCAAGAAGCAGAAGACGAUGAGGGUGACUAGACAGCAAAAAGGAAAAAAGUUAAACUCAAAAAAAAGGCCACCGUGACCUAGUCACCCUCCACUUCCCGUCUCAGAAUCUAAACGUGGUCACCUUCGAGUAGAGAGUGCGCCCGCCUGCCACCCGCAGAUGACACAGGCUCUUCACCACCCAACCAAAACCACAACUGAAUUUGCAACAGGGGAGGACAAAACCCCAAAACUUCCAAGGCCCCGCCUUUUUUCUUAAAAGUGCUUUAAAAAGGAAAAUUUGUUUGUAUUUUUUA